UUCGAGCUCACACAACACUUGUUACAAGUCACUGGAGGAGUGAGCGUGGUGGGUAUUACGUUGUAGUGGGCAACUUAAUUCACCAUCAUGGCACAAGCCACUACCCUCAGCAUGUCACAAGUCAACUCCAUGAGCAGCGAUAAUUUCAUCGAAGUGUUCGGGAAUGUCAUCGAACACUGCUCCCUUGUGGCCGCCUCUGUGGUCCGCUACCGCCCCUUCAGGAGCCUCCAGCACCUCCAUGAUGAGAUUUGUACAUUCAUCGACCAACUUCCUGACGUAGGAAAGGAGGGCAUCCUGCGGAGCCACCCUGACCUGGCGGGGAGCAUGGCCAUGACGGGGCAGUUGACGAAGGAGUCACAGCAGGAGCAGAAAAGCGCGGGGCUGGGAGACCUGACGGAGGACGAAAGGAAGCUGAUGGCUCGCUUGAAUGAGAGUUACCGCCUCAAGUUCGGCUUCCCCUUCGUCAUAUGUGCCCGGAUGAACAAGAAGGACGCCAUCCUGAAGGGGCUCGAGGCGCGCCUCCACAAUUCGGCCGAGGCGGAGCUGCUCACGGGCAUCGCCGAGGUGAAGAAGAUUGCACUGCUGCGCCUCAAAAAUUUGGUCCCUUUUCCCUUCUCUUCAGAUCCGCUAGGCAGUAAUUUAUGAAGCUUUGUGAAAUUAUACUUCCAUUUCUUCCACUUUCUACCACUUGCUGCCUCCGGUCUGAGCAGUAUGAUUAAACCAGCAUGAUUAUCAGCCGGUGUCACUCUCUCAUACAUGUUCACAGCAAACUUAUUGUGGAUGGCUUAGAAUUAAACGUCUGAGGAAAUGGUGAUUCAUGUUGCACUUCUUGAUUCAGUAACACACUUAAGACACAAAGAAAAAUUAAGGAUGAAGGGGAUAAAGUAUAGAUGAUAAAUCGCUUAGGUAUUUAAAUCAUCUCUAACUGAUAAGAUCAAAUAUUAAUAACAAAAUAGUUAAAGGCAAGUAUAGUGAUGUAUUCCAUAAGCUUUAAUUUUUUAUGAGAAAAGGAUAGAGAAAAGGUUAAUUGUAUUUGAGUAUGUUACCGCUGCAAUAAAAAAAAAAAAAAUCGA